AUGUGCAUGGCGUAGGGUCCUGCUGCUGGAGAGUACCGAGAGUACCCAUGUGUCUCGGCAACUUUAACUGUGAUGUAAAGCAGACUUCGCUGUAAGCCAUUCGUGUCAAACACAGUGAAACAGAAAAAUGGGUAAAAAGGCAAAAAAGAAAAGAAGGUGAAAGGGGCGGAGAAGACGGCCGCCAAAAUGGAGAAAAAGGUGUCCAAACGGUCGAAAAGAGAGGAGGAGGAUCUAGAGGCGCUUAUUGCGGAAUUUCAGCAGUUGGACGCAAAGAAGACGCAGGUAGUGGAGACCACCUGCCCACCGCCCUCACCCAGGCUCAACGCCUCUCUGUCCGCCCACCCCGAGAAAGACGAGCUAAUACUGUUUGGUGGGGAGUUUUUUAACGGGAAAAAAACUUAUCUGUACAACGACCUGUUCUUGUACAACAUCAAGAAGAACACUUGGAUGAAGCUGGACAUCCCCAAUCCCCCUCCUCCACGCUGUGCUCACCAGGCGGUGGUGGUGGCUCAGGGUGGGGGGCAGUUGUGGCUAUUUGGUGGAGAGUUUGCUUCCCCUGACGGAGAGCAGUUCUACCACUACAAGGACCUGUGGCUGCUGCACCUCAAUCCGCUCAAAUGGGAGCAGAUCAAAGCUCCAGGCGCUCCUUCAGGUCGCAGUGGCCAUCGGAUGGUUCUGUGUAAACGACAGCUGCUGGUUUUUGGAGGCUUCCAUGAGAGUACCAGGGACUACAUCUACUACAACGACGUGCACUGCUUCAGUCUGGACUCGUUUAGCUGGACUCGUCUGACCCCCUUGGGCUCGGGCCCCGGUCCUCGCUCUGCCUGUCUGAUGACCGCCACUUCAGACCACUCCGGCAUCAUCGUCUACGGGGGCUACUCCAAAUCUAGGGCCAAGAAGGACGUGGACAAGGGCACUAUUCACUCAGACAUGUUCCUGCUCAAGAGAGACGGCAAAGACGGCCAGGAGAAGUGGGCCUGGUGCCGUGUGAGCCCUGGGGGUGUGAAGCCGGUUCCCCGCUCUGGCUUCACGGGGGGAGUGUGUGUAGGCGCUGGGGCCCGCACCCUGCUGUUUGGGGGCGUGUGCGAUGACGAGGACGAGGAGACGCUCGAGGGAGAUUUCUUCAAUGACCUCUACCUGUACGACAUCACCAAGAACCGUUGGCACCCUGCCAAGUUAAAGGGCACCAAAUCAGAGCGGAAGAAACGGCGACGAGGGAGGAGAGCAGGAGACGGAGACGGGGGUCAGUCGGAGGAGACGGCCGAAGACCGCGCGUCGCCACAGGAGCCUACUGAGAUCAUCAAGGAGAUCGUCACGGAGGACGGCACGGUGAUGACCAUCCGGGAGGCAGUGCCCGUGGCCAGGGCGGAGUCUGAGAGCGAAGAGGAGGAAGAUGAGGAGGAGGAUGAGGAAGAGGGUGCGGCGGCCUCGCUGGUGGAACCCUGUGCCCGCUCCAACGCCAUGGCAACCGUGAAGGGGGGCCGUCUCUACCUGUACGGGGGUAUGUUUGAGGUGGGAGACAAACAGGUGACGCUAGCCGACCUCUACAGCCUCGACCUCCACAAGAUGGACAAAUGGGACGUCCUGCAGGAGAUGGACCCCAAGGCUCAAGAAUGGCUGGAGGAGUCUGAUGAGGAAGAUGAUGAUGACGGGGAUGAAGAAGCCAGAGGCGGAGAGAGUGAUGAGGAGAGUGAGGAAGAGGAAAGUGAGAGUGAAGAAGAGGGUGAUCACCCAUGUGUGCAGGCUGGUGAGUCUCUGGAAGCGUACCAGCAUCGGACAGAAGCGUACUGGCUGAAACUGGCACGGACCAACAUGGGACAGGAUGCCAAGGACAAGAAGGUGCAGAAAGUGGCUGUAGCCAUGGCCAAAGUCUUCUACGAGGACCAGUGAGAGCUGUGACCUGAACUGUUUGUGUGUCUGUUUGUGUGUGUGUGUGUGUGUGUGUGUGUGUGUGUGUGUGUGUGAGUGUGUGUGUGUUUUUGCUAAGAUUUUUGUACGGUUUGCACGCUUGUCCUGUGUGUGUGUGUCUGUAUUGCCAACCAUUUGUAUCUACAGAUGGUUGCUGUAUUAAAGACUUUAUGCCAA